AUGCAAGGGUUUAUUAUUUUUGUUUUGAUUUUUGGUUUUAUUUCGCCUUGUCUAUGUACGGGGUUGAAUGUUGAAACCAAAAAUAAUAUUUUCAAUGUUCUCCAAUAUGGUGCGCGUGGCGAUGCCAAAUCUGAUGAUUCACAAGCGUUUCUUAGUGCAUGGCGUCGUGCGUGUAAAGCAGUUGGAAUGUCAACACUAGUAAUUCCAGCUGGAAAAUCAUUCAUGGUGACGAAAUUAAAUUUUAACGGUCCUUGCACUGCCAAAAUUCUCAUUCAGCUUGAAGGGGAAAUAAUUGCACCUCCCAAAGCAGCGUGGAAAGGUGGGUUAAUUUGGAUUAGCGUGGAAUAUGUAAAUGGACUGACAAUUGAUGGUAAUAACCAAGGAAUACUCCAUGGACAAGGUCCUACUUGGUGGCAAUGCCCAACUUGUAAUCGACCUAUGAUGUUAUUUUUUCAUUCCUGCAAGAGUCUCAAUGUUAGAAAAUUAAGGAUCAGGAAUAGCCCAAGAUCUCAUAUAUCCAUUACUAUGUGUCAGGAUGCAACAUUUUCUUAUAUAGCCAUUAAUUCUCCUGUUACUAGCCCCAACACUGAUGGAUUUGACAUUGCUCAUUCGAGCAAUAUCUUGAUAGAAGAUUCCUAUAUAAAAUCUGGUGAUGAUUGUAUUGCUCUCAACGGUGGUUCCUUUUUUGUCAAUGCAACUCGGGUUACUUGUGGACCAGGACAUGGGAUAAGUGUUGGUAGCCUCGGUCGAAAUGGAGCUAAUGAUCAAGUUUCUAAUAUUUAUGUACGAAAUUGUACUUUUAUUGGGACUACAAAUGGAGCAAGAAUCAAGACAUUUUCAGGUGGAUCAGGUUAUGCAAAACAAAUUACAUUUGAACAAAUCAUUCUUGUUAAUGUUUUGAACCCAAUAAUUAUAGAUCAAAAUUACCAUAUUGUACCCAAGGAAACAGAUGUGUCUGUAAGUGAUGUGACAUAUCGAGGAUUUACCGGAACUUCUGCUAGCGAUGUAGCUAUUGCUUUAAAAUGUAGAAAGAAGACUUCAUCUUUUUGUAUAAAUGCUCAUGGAUCAGCUAGAAAUACUAUUCCAAGUGUUUCUUGCCUUAAAUGAUGUUUUAUCUUCUAUUAUGUGGAGAGAAA